AUGGCUGCCAGCAUCCCUCGGGGGCUGCCAGCAACCCUCGGGGCUGCCAGCAACCCUCGGGGCUGCCAGCAACCCUCUGGGGCUGCCAGCAUCCCUCGGGGCUGCCAGCAUCCCUCGGGGCUGCCAGCAACCCUCGGGGCUGCCAGCAACCCCUCGGGGCUGCCAGCAACCCUCGGGGCUGCCAGCAUCCCUCGGGGCUGCCAGCAUCCCUCGGGGCUGCCAGCAUCCCUCGGGGCUGCCAGCAACCCUCGGGGCUGCCAGCAACCCUCGGGGCUGCCAGCAACCCUCGGGGCUGCCAGCAACCCUCGGGGCUGCCAGCAACCCUCGGGGCUGCCAGCAACCCUCGGGGCUGCCAGCAACCCUCGGGGCUGCCAGCAACCCUCGGGGCUGCCAGCAACCCUCGGGGCUGCCAGCAACCCUCGGGGCUGCCAGCAACCCUCGGGGCUGCCAGCAUCCCUCGGGGCUGCCAGCAUCCCUCGGGGCUGCCAACAUCAUCCGGGGCUGCCAGCAUCCCUCGGGGCUGCCAGCAUCCCUCGGGGCUGCCAGCAUCCUCGGGGCUGCCAACGUCCCUCGGGGCUGCCAACAUCCCUCGAGGCUGCCAGCAUCCCUCGGGGCUGCCAGCAUCCCUCGGGGCUGCCAGCAUCAUCCGGGGCUGCCAACAUCCCUCGGAUGUUUCUGAUUGGCGGAGACACGAAGUCGGUGAUACAAGGAUUUUUACUAGAGUACACAGAGGAAAAGUACACGUCGGAGGACCCAGCAAACCAUCACUCUAAAGUACAUCAGGUCUUGCAAUGGGUCACAGAAAAUAAUAUAGAGUUUAAUGAGGAUAAGUCCCAGCUCUUGCACUAUGGCAAAAACAGCAAUAAAGUAAAGACUUCACUUUUAAAAAGCAAUAAAGUAAAGACUUCACUUUUAACGAGCAAUAAAGUAAAGACUUCACUUUUAACGAGCAAUAAAGUAAAGACUUCACUUUUAACGAGCAAUAAAGUAAAGACUUCACUUUUAACGAGCAAUAAAGUAAAGACUUCACUUUUAAAGAGCAAUAACCGGGAUUACAGUUCGUCAGAAUACAGUGGGCGAGGAGGCACUGGUGCCCUAGGCACUGGUGCCCUAGGCACUGGUGCCCUAGGCACUGGUGUCCUAGGCACUGGUGUCCUAGGCACUGGUGCCUUAGGCACUGGUGUCCUAGGCACUGGUGUCCUAGGCACUGGCGUCCUAGGCACUGGCGCCCUAGGCACUGGCACCCUAGUCACUGGCGCCCUAGGCACUGGCACCCUAGUCACUGGCACCCUAGGCACUGGUGCCCUAGGCACUGGUGCCCUAGGCACUGGUGCCCUAGGCACUGGCACCCUAGUCACUGGCACCCUAGGCACUGGUGCCCUAAGUACUGGCGCCCUAGGCACAGGUGCCCUAGGCACUGGUGCCCUAGGCACUGGUGCCCUAGGCACUGGUGCCCUAGGCACUGGCACCCUAGGCACUGGCACCCUAGUCACUGGCACCCUAGGCACUGGUGCCCUAGGUACUGGCGCCCUAGGCACAGGUGCCCUAGGCACUGGUGCCCUAGGCACUGGUGCCCUAGGCACUGGUGCCCUAGGCACUGGUGCCCUAGGCACUGGUGCCCUAGGCACUGGCACCCUAGGCACUGACACCCUAGUCACUGGCACCCUAGAUGUCCUGAGCACAUGA